AUGACGUCCAUCCCUACUACCCAGCAAGCCGCGCUGGUCGAGAACCCCGGCCCCGCGGCCAAGAUCGUCCACCGCGACGACAUCCCCGUGGCGACCCCCGGACCAAACGAGAUCCUGGUGAAACUCACCUGCACUGGCCUCUGUCAUUCGGAAAUCCGCGCCGUCCUCGGCUGGGGCCCCUAUAACGCCAUCGUCGCCCACGAAGGUAUCGGCACCGUGGUCCAGACAGGCCUGGAUGUAUCCCCGUCCAUGAUGCACCAGCGCGUCGGCAUCAAGUGGCUCUACAGCGCCUGCGGGAAAUGCUCCGUUUGCGCGCGCGGCUUCCCCAAUAACUGUCCCCACCAGUUGAACACGGGCCGCCACGUCCCUGGCACGCUGCAGCAGUAUGUCGUGGCCGACGCGCGAUACGUGUCCGCCAUCCCGGACGGUCUCUCGGAUGAGGUGGCAGCGCCGCUGCUCUGCGCGGGGCUCAGCAUGGCUGGGGCGCUGUCCAAGCUCGACGGUGAGGUCCAGGCCGGCGACUGGGUGGUGAUCUCGGGGUCCGGCGGCGGAUUGGGCCAUAUUGGGGUGCAGAUCGCCGCCCGGAUCCGUGGCUUCCGCGUUAUCGCCAUCGACCGCGGGGAUGCCAAACGAGCACUGAGUCUACAGUCGGGGGCGGAGGUGUUCCUGGACUACGAGGAAGAUGACCUCGUCCGGCGUGUGGCGGAGAUCACAGGGGAAGGGGCCCACGCGAUCCUCGUCGUGCCUGGCACCGAGGCGGCCUUCCAAGUCGCGCCCAGCCUGGUGCGGAACUUGGCGUCCAUUGUGUGCGUUGGUCUGCCGCCAAAUCAGUUCAAUCUGCCGAUCUCGGCGACGGCGUGCGCGGCACGAGGUCUGGUCAUCAAAGGGGCGUGUGUCGGGACGGAUGCGCAGAUGGACGAGCUGCUGCGGCAGGCGCUGGCCGGGAAAUUAACCCCUCUGGUCGAGGUGUUGGAGUUCUCGGAGACUGCCCGAGUGAUAGAGGGGUUGAAGACAGACACGAUCACGGGGCGAGUGGUUGUGAAGAUACCCCAAUGA